GAGGUGUGCUGUGUUUUGUUGAUUUGUUUUGUUUUGGUUUGGUUAUAAUUUGUCGUCCCAUGCCCACUCAUGGAAUUGUUUAUGCUCACAUACAAGUAAUUUUAUUUUUUUUCAAGAUGUCCAGUGCUCCUAAGAACGAUUCUCCAGACCAAGGAGCUCCUGUUCGUCGUUCCAAUCGACUGAAUUCCAAGGGUCGUACUCCAUCUGCCUCUCUAAUUGCUGCAAAGAAAGCUGCUAUCGAAAGAGCCAAAAAAGCUCAAACAUACGUUGUCAACAUCAGAGAUAUUUAUCAAUUGGCUGAGGAUGCUAAGGCUAUGGUCAAUAAACCAACAGGAGUUGUGUAUGAUAAACGUAUGGUGGAACAUCAUUGUCUUUGGGAUGAAAACUACCCAGAAUGUCCCGACAGAUUUACUUACGUUCUAUCCAGGUGUCAAGAAAUGGGUUUACUUCCUCGAUGCAAACAGAUUCAAUCUCGUGAAGCAAGUGAGGAAGAAGUUUUGAAAAAACACUCACCAAAACAAAUUGAACUGUUGAGAGCUACUGAAAAUAGCCAAAAUUUUGAGGAGUUGGAAGAUAUUUCCUCACACUAUGAUGCCAUUUAUAUUCACCCUAGCACAUAUCGACUGUCUUUGCUGGCGGCUGGUAGUACAAUCGACCUCGUUGAAGCUGUUUGCAAGAAUGAAAUUCAGAAUGGCAUGGCCAUUAUCAGACCACCAGGACAUCAUGCAAUGAAAAGUGAAUAUUGUGGUUACUGCUUCUUCAACAACGUGGCAUUAGCAGCACAGCAUGCUUUAGACAAUCUUGGUGUAUCCAAAAUACUUAUUGUUGACUGGGAUGUCCACCAUGGACAAGCAACACAACAAAUGUUCUUCGACGACAAUCGAGUUGUAUAUUUUUCUAUACAUCGUUAUGAGCAUGGAACAUUCUGGCCUAACUUAAGGGAAAGUGAUUUUGAUUACAUCGGCACAGGUGCUGGCAGAGGGUACAAUUUUAAUGUACCUCUCAAUAAAACUGGAAUGACGAAUACAGAUUACUUGGCGAUUUUCCAUCAGCUGCUUUUACCUUUAGCUUCAGAGUUUGCGCCUGAGUUGGUUCUUAUUUCGGCUGGCUUUGACGCAGCCAUGGGUGACGAAAAGGGAGAGAUGGAAAUUACUCCAGCCUGUUACGCACAUUUGGUGAACAGUCUUUCUGCCUUUGCUCAUGGCAAAAUCGCAGUUAUUCUUGAGGGUGGAUACUGCCUGAAAUCAUUAGCCGAAGGUGCAGCUUUAACACUACGUUCACUCUUGGGAGAUCCGGUUCCUAUGAUAGAAUCUCUCGGGCAACCUUGUGACAGCAUAAUUGAAACUAUUUUGAAUGUGAUUUACACUCAUCAAGAUUACUGGCAAUGUUAUCAGUUCACGGAAAAGUACAAACUCAACGAAAAGAGUGAAUUGCCUCCGACCGUAAAAAAACAUGUUCCUAUUGCUCCAUUCAAGUUUGAAGGCGAAGCAAAACUUGAAAAGUAUGAAACCCGCAACUGUUACCCUGUUCAAUCAAAUGAAACCAAAGAAUUGAUCAAAAAACGAUUAGAUGACUUAAUAUACCGUACUCAACUUUUAGCUCCAAAGCCUGUUUGCUUCGUCUAUGAUGAAAUAAUGUUACGACAUCAGAAUCCGUACGAUGGAAAUCAUCCAGAAAAACCAGCAAGGCUAUCGAGUAUCUUUGAAAAACACAGUGAAUAUGGACUCUUAGAGAGGCUGCAUAUUCUUAAGAGCCGCGUAGCGACCAAAGAAGAGCUAUUAUUAGUACAUAAAGAGGAACAUAUCGAUGCAAUGGAGCAGCUGAGUGAGCUAACUGAUUCUGAGCUAAAAUCAAAAGCGGAUGGUUUUGACUCAAUCUACUUUAACAAAUUUAGUUAUGAGGCAGCAACUGUUGCAGCGGGCAGUCUUUUGCAAGUUGUCGAUAGUGUUUUAAAUGGUGAUAGUCGGGCUGGUGUUGCAGUUGUGAGACCACCAGGUCACCAUGCUGAGGUUGAGGAACCGUGUGGCUUCUGUCUCUUCAAUUCAGCCUCUGUUGCUGCAAAAUAUGCAAUUGAAAUGCAUGGAUUGAAAAGAGUUCUUUUGCUUGAUUGGGAUGUCCACCAUGGUAAUGGAAGUCAGGAGAUAUUCGAGGCUGAUCCGCAAGUGCUUUACAUUUCUUUACACCGGUAUGAUAAUGGUGCCUUCUUCCCUCACUCUACAGAUGCUGCACACACAGUUGUUGGUGAAGGGAGAGGCAGGGGCUUUAAUGUUAAUAUCCCAUGGAAUAAGCGUGGCAUUGGUAAUGCUGAGUAUAUUGCAGCAUUUCAUCAAAUUGUUCUUCCAAUUGCAUAUCAGUUCAAUCCUGAGCUUAUCAUUGUGUCAGCUGGCUUUGAUGCUGCCAUCGGAGAUCCUCUUGGUGGAUACAAAGUUACUCCUGAAGCAUAUGGCCACUUUACACACUGGUUAUCAAGCUUAGCUAAUGGUCGAGUUAUUUUGACGUUGGAAGGAGGGUACAAUGUGCGCACAAUUUCUUACGCUAUGACCAUGUGCACCAAAGCCCUACUACACGACCCCAUUCCCAUACUCGAUCCCCUCACACCAAUUAAUCCAAGCGCUAUUCAAUCGAUUAAGCAAGUUAUCAGUGUUCAGUCAGAAUUUUGGUCUGCCCUCCAAUUUUUAGUAGCUAUUCCAAGUGACAAAGUUUUAGAAGGAAAACCAGACGAACUCAUCUCAAUGAUGGGCGAUUUAUCCCUAAAAUUGGGUGAUGACGCCAAUGAAGUAACCAAGUCCUAUGACGAAAAAGAUUUUGGAAAUUUGAGCUGGAACUGUGAUAAAAAUUCAAGCAAUGGUGACGAUUGUAAAGUGACUGGAAUCUCUUUGAACAACAACCGACAUGUCACGCCAUCAUCUGUUUGUAUUUCUUCAAAUGUCUCAACUCCCGAUUCUUUGAAAAGUGAUUCUCUUAACCCUUGUUUUGCGUCCAAUUGUUCAGACUCGAGUAUUGUAUCAACGCCAAACUAUUUACAAUGUGAUCCAUCAACUCUCAAUUUUUCAUCAGUUAGUAGCCUUACUCCAAAUUCCGUAAAAAGUGAUUGCUCAAAUUUCAACUCAUCGUCCAGCUCUGUGGCCUCUCAAGGCCUUUCAACACCAAAUUUCAUAAAAAGUGAUCAAUUAGGCAAUAACUCCUUUGAAUCUAGUUCAAAUUACCUCUCCUGUGAUAGUAGUUUUCAGGUAGUAUCACCUGGCUUAUCGAUAAUGAAUAUGAAUAAUGAUUCUCCGAAAAACAGCAAUCAGAAAUUCACUAUGGACGACGGAGCAGGGUGCUCAUCAUCCUCAGCAUCAUCAUCUCAAAAGCCUGAAAAUAUUCAAACUCUCUCGGAUUACUUGGCGGAAAAUAUGGAGCUUUUGGUCGGUGGAGAAAUGUUUGCUGUGGUACCCAAGAAAAAUUGUCCCCACUUGUCCCUUGUCAGGAAAGUACCUGAAACAGGAGUUAACACCAAAGUUCCUUGUGCAACUUGUAGUUCAACAGCAGAAAAUUGGUCCUGCCUUACGUGUUACACUGUUCAAUGCGGUCGAUACAUAAAAGGACACAUGGCUGAACAUAGCACUAAAGAGGGUCAUCCUGUGGUUCUCAGUUUUUCUGAUCUCUCCGUUUGGUGUUAUGGAUGUGAAGCAUAUCUUGAUAACGAGGUUCUGUAUGAGGCACGAAACGCAGCGCAUCAGGACAAAUUUGGCUCCGCAUUACCGUGGUCUUAUGGUCCCAAAGCAUCCUCGUGAUUACAUCUCACUAAUCACGUAAAUUGGAUAAAAAUUUAACAUCCGUAGUUACUUUGUUUCUCUUUUUAAUACAUAUUUUCAUUAAUUUUUUCUUUUGCCCUCUUGUAACAUCCAAUAAUCAAACAUUUUAAUCAACAACUAACUCAAAAUCUGUUUUAAUAUUUUAUAAAUCAAUUGAAAAAUCAAUCAUUUGUUGGUUUUAGCAGUUAUUGUUAGCUAUAAAUCAUUCUUUUUUCUUCUCAUUCCAUCUCUAUUUUUAAUACAUAGUGACAAUCGAUGUACUUUCAUCACAUAUUAUUUUCUGCUUGAUAGGUAUUAUCAGAGAAUAUAAUAGCAUUAUGAUACCUCUGGAUCAAAUCGGAAACUACACAAGAGAAUUUAGAAUAAAAUGAUAAAAACUCAAUUUUAAUAACAAAUUACAUAAUUAUAUGGCAGACGCGUUUUGGGCUCCAGCCACUGAGUUCAGUUGAUUGGCCAGAGCCAAAAAAGUGUCUGUCGUAUUAUUAAUUAAUUCAAUGUUCUGAUUGAUUUUUUAUUCUAUUUAAUUUUUUAUUAUGAUAGCACUUGAAUAACAGUUCCUCUUUUUUAUGAUCAGUCAAAAGCCUAGUCAUUUUCCCUAACUUCAUAUUACUUGUUUCCAUUUUCAUUUUAUCAAUGGUGAGUUGAAGUGCUGGGUGCCUGAAGGGUUUUUUUCUGUCACUUUAAUUUAGAAACUCUGUCACUAAUUUGUGCCUCAGGGAAGAAUCUAAUGGGCGAUUCUUCUGUAAUUUUUUUCCCUAAAGCAAUGUAGAAUCAUGGAAAAUAUUGAAUGCAAUGCGUCCGUUUACUUUUUUCACAAUGAAUGAAAUAUUAGUGAAGAUUCUGAAACACGGCAACCAAGAGGUGCCCUUUUGCACCCAGCACCUCAAUUUUUUUAGAGUUUGAACAUUUUCCUGGGUUCCAACAUAGUGACCUUAAUAUUUUUUAAUUGAUCCCUAUACAGUUUUUUUUUUUUUUUCCUAAUCGCAAUGAAAAGUAUAAUUUUGCAAAAAUUGAAAUAGAUUUUUACUGUUAAACAUCAAAGAGAGGAAUAAUAUCAUCCAAAAUUUGCAAAAAGUAAUAAUUAUGUAUUUUCAAUUUAAUUUUUAAAAAUUCUAACUAUUUCAAUUCUUUUUUAUACUUUGAUACAUAUUAACAAGGAAAUAUUUAAUCUUGUAACUUAUUGAUAAUAGUGAAGUAGUCUCUUAAAGUAGCUUUAGGCCUUGUCCAAUCGAGCGAGGUUCGAGGAACUAAUUCAAAGAGAUGCUCAGUUUCCCGAAACAUGUUCCUUGUAACGACAGAUUCUGUUCACACGAGUUCGCCCGAACGGGGAUCGGAACCUAGUGUUUUUGAUGGUGGGAAUUUAGCAGGCUAUGGGAGUAAGCCGUCCUUUUUAUAAAAUUACAACUUCAAUAAAACCAUACAGUUAUUGCAAAAUGAUAGAUUACUUGGGCCGCGAGGGUAACAAAAACAAAUGUCAAAAAAAAGGACGUAGGCAACAAAAGCGAAUUAAUGCACAUCAAAGGAAAAAUAGAAGCUCGGGGUGGAGGGGAAGUUCUGGGGUUUGGAGGAAUAAGUUUUAGCUCAGCUGUAACUUGUUCCAGGAACAAGUUCACUGAACAAUGUUCUGCGAACCGCGCUCGUGUGGACAGGGCCUUAUGAUUAUCCAAUUAAGGAAAUCAAUGAAUACUUAAACAAAGACUUGACUCCUCAAUGUACUCACUCCGUACUGUUGUCAACUCAUCAAAUGAGUUCAAUUUUUGCCACAUUGAAGUUGUGGAGGUGGUGAAUUUUAUUGAAGUAGGUAACGAAAAUAUUUUCUCUCUCAUGUUGCCCUUCUUCCAGAAAAAUUUGUCUUCUUCUUGUUACUUUCGUAUUUCCAAAAACUUUCUUUUUCAUAAAGUUACUUUCAUUAUUUUUAAAUAUUUCAACAAGGUAUUUUUAGAUGAAAAUUUUCUCUAUACUUUAACUUAAAAGUAUAUACAUUGUGUCCUCGUCCUCGAUUUUAUUUUUGUAUUUUUCAGAUGAUUAGUGAAAGUGCUCACAUAAGCCUCUGUAAUAAAAUUUGAAUGCCUAUUUUA